AUGCCAAUACUUCCAAAGUCACCAGGUGAUCGUCCGCACGAUCAUCCCAUUGCUAAGAUACUCCGAAAGCCCAACUUAGCGGGAAGGAUGAUCGCCUGGUCGGUUGAGCUAUCCGAGUUCGGGCUCAAGUACGAACCUAGAGGCUCAGUCAAAGGACAACAUUUGGCAGACUUCGUAGCUGAACUCCACGAAUCGAUCCCCCGAUCGAAGGAUAUUUGGAUUCUCUUUGUCGACGGAUCAUCGGAUAAACGUAAUGCUGGAGCAGGGAUCGUCCUCGAGGGACCGGGCGGCCUCACGAUAGAGCACUCCUUACAGUUCAAGUUCAAAGCCUCGAACAACCAAGCGGAAUAUGAAGCGCUGAUCGCCGGGUUGAAGCUAGCAAAAGACUUGGGGGCGACGAGGUUAAAAUGUAAUACCGAUUCGAAGCUUGUGGUCGGGCAGGUACAGGGAGAGUAUCAGGUUAAGGAUGAUUUGUUGCUCCAGUACUAUCAUAAAGUGCUCGAAGCCAUGAAGGAGUUCGAAGAAAUCACCAUCCAACACAUCCCUCGAGCGGAAAAUGCCAGAGCCGACAGGCUGUCUAAGCAGGUGGAAGGAAAAGAGAAGGGCCAGCUGAAAACUAUCAUCAGGCAAACCCUGACGAGGCCUUCCGCAGGAGAGUGCGCUGCAGUAGACCGGGCGGCAAGUUGGAUAGGAGAGGUGCGACAACUCUUGAAGAAGUGUGAGGCCGGAGAAGAAAUGAGCCCGCCGGAGAGGAGACGAGCACUUCGAUUCGUAGUCAUCGGAGAAGACCUAUACAAGAGAGGAUUUGCAGCGCCGCUACUCAAGUGCUUGUCAGAAGACGAAGCCGAGUACGUUAUGAACGAGGUCCAUAAUGGCAUUUGUGGAAUGCAUACCGGUCGUAGGACAAUGAAAGCGAGAAUACUCCGAGCGGGCUAUUUUUGGCCGACCAUGGAACAGGACUGCGAAGCCAUGAUACGAAAGUGCAAAGGAUGUCAAGCCCAUGGAAAUGACGUAAAGAGGGCUCCGACCGAGCUACAUAGCUUGACCAGCCCGUGGCCGUUCGCUCAAUGGGGCAUGGACAUCGUCAGACCCUUCCCGGUGGGCCGAGCACAGAAGAAAUUCAUACUUGUGGCAGUGGACUAUUUCACCAAGUGGGUUGAAGCAGAGGCCUUGGCUAACAUCACCGCUCGGCAAGUCCACUCCUUCGUUUGGCGCAACAUCAUAUGCCGCUUCGGCCUCCCUCACACGAUCAUCACCGACAACGGCCGUCAGUUUAUCGACAAAAAGCUGAGGGACUUCUAUAUGCAAGUAGGGAUACGGCACGUUACCAGCUCGGUCGAACAUCCCCAAACCAACGGUCAGGCUGAGGCCAUGAACAAGGUUAUAGUGCUGAGUUGA